AUGUCCAAAGCAUCCACUUCAGCAGCCAGCUCGUUUCCCUCUGGCCUCGUUGCCGACACCGAUGACAGCGAUGCCCCCGCCCCCGAGUAUCGAUACCAAGUGGAGAUCGCCCAAAUGAUGUUUGUUUUCGCGGAUGUCGUCGACCCUUCGCCCGACGUGACGCGUCUGAUUGAAGACAUUGUUCGCUCUCAAACAAUUGAAAUGAUCAUCCAAUCGCGUCGCUUGUCGCAACGACGUGCUUCCAAGUAUCUCUCUCCCGAGGACCUCAUCUUCCUCAUUCGGUAUGACCGUGCCAAAGUCAACCGUUUGCGCACCUACUUGUCCUGGAAAGACGUCCGCAAGAACGCCAAGGACUCGGGUGACUCGGCAGGCGGUGCUGGCGGCGCCAACGAUAUCGACACGAUGGACGAUCCCACAUCCAUCGACGGUCCUGGUAUGAAAGCUGCCAAGAUGAAGAUCCGUUUACCAUGGGAGAUCUCUUCCGUCUACUCGGAACAUGUGCUAGCGCUUCCUAACGCCGACGGAGAGGAAGAUGAAGAUGACGACGACCUCGAAGCGCACGAAGCAUCCAUGCAACGUCUGAAAGAUGCAGAUGAAGCAACGAGACGCAUGACGCGCGACGAAUACGUUCACUACUCCGAAUGCAGACAGGCGAGCUUUACAUUCAGAAAGUCGAAGAAGUUUCGAGAGUUCAUCAACGCCAGUGCGUAUCUCGAUGUCAAACCGAACGACGACAUCAUUGAUAUCCUCGGCUUUUUGGCGUUCGAGGUGGUGAGAGAGUUGUGUUUGGGCGCCGUAGCGAUCAAGAAGAGUUUGGAAGAGCAGAGGGCGGCGAGGAUUCGCGCGGAUGCUUUACAGCAACAGCAAAAGCAGCAAACGGGAGCAUCAAAUCCGACUGCCUUUACGUCAGCUUCUGCCACUUCUUCAGCCCAAAGCUCUUCCAACCCCAGCAAACGCAAACAGCAAGAUACCGCAGAUGCCAACGCACCCGCAUCCGCAACUACGAAUAGCACGGACAAGAGAGCGAAAAUCGAAUCCACCACUCCUGACUCAGUCGACGACACUACGACCCCUUCAGCUGAUUGCACACUCACAACCGCCACCCAACCAGAAACCGCACCUAUACAGAUCACCUCGACAUCUUCACCACAACCACCACCACCAGCAGAACCAGACACAGCGCUCCAACCGGCAGAUAACGAACUAUGCACCCUCUUCUCGCUCCCUCCUUCGAUAGAAACUCCUCUACUCGCAUCACACAUCCAUGAAGCUUUCGCAAGAUUGCAGCGCAAGCAUCCACCAGCGCUAGCAUCAGGCGUCAGAGGCUCGGCCGGCCCGGGUGGCUUGCGAAGAACGCGUGUCUUUGUUAUUUAG